CGAAGGGCUUUGGGCCAGCCCAAUGUCAACGCCAUCAUGAUUACUGCCGAUAUCGCAAUGUCGCCAUGUUUAGAUGGACUGCCACGGACUGCUGCGGCGGCUGCCGGGACUGUUUUUCUCGAGGCCAGAGUUGUCACAGUAAACGGAUCAGGCUUGCCAGUGACCAUGUGUCCUGACAAUCAUCGCAAAGCAUCACUACCUACCCCUAGCAAAGUGUGGUGUGCAAGUGUGACCAACCACCGUUUCAAUGCAGGAAGGACACUGCCUGAAGAGUUCUUGUAGAUAUGAAACAUUUCAUGGGUAUGGCAGUUGACCGCUUUUCGUGGGAGUGAUGCAGAUCUUGGAGCGUCCAAUAUGUUAGGCAUGACAUGAUUUGUUUAUGGUGUGAAUACUUAUGGCCACAAUUCUUGACAAUGGCAUCUGUGAACACAAUAGGCCAGUCUUGACACAGGAAACUGACCAGCUUGUCAGUGAUCAUGAUUCCCGACACAAAGCAUCCCUACCAACCUCUAGCAUGGUGUGGUGUGCAAGUGUGACCACCCUUUCAAAUAAGGGGUUUGAAGGCAAUGGACCAUGCAGCGGAAUGUGCGGAACCCUGUUGUUUUUUGUUCCUUUCAGCAUUCUUGCUCCAGCACAUCUACAAGAACUAAGCAGUUCCGUGGAAGUCACCUUCUUCACUGAAGAUCCUGUUUCUGCAGAUAUGUGGCGAUUCUCGAAGGCACAUCGGUCCCAAUUUAUACAGGCAUAUCGGCGGCUGACUGACGAACAGUGCAUGGAAGUGUUUCCUAGUCAUCGGGAGAGGUGGCGCAUCCAGAAGGUGGUCGGAGCCUUGGAGAUGUAUCCAACGCAGACCAUCCGUGGCAUGGCUCAACUCAUUGGCAUGUCUAAGACUCGUGUGUACGAGACACUCAGAGAUGCUUUUUCCAAGCUUGAAGAUUAUGGUUAUGAUUGAAUUACCAUUGUUGCCAAAGAUGUAAAUAAAAGAUACUGAGUAAUGGUA